UCUCAAUUUAUGACAGUACAGGUGGGCAAUGUCGGCCGAGACCCUGGGCUUUGCAUGGUCACCUAACAGAACUGCCUUCACUCUGGCCUAGGGCUGCCCCGAGAUUCCACCGUUUCAGGGAGGCACCCUGGGACGAAUAAUGACCCCACCCACACAGUCCUUGCUCUGGAAAACCCUGGUCAGUGCAAUCUGGGAAAUUGUAAUUGGGUGUUGACUUCUGUAUUUCAGUCCCAGAGGUAGUUCCUCUGGCAGUGGCCCAGCCACCUCCCGUGUCCAUUUGUUUGGUAGAGACUGAGGACAAACCCAGUGACUCAGAGCUCAUAUAAAGCUCUAGAGUAAAAGUGAGAAGUUCAGGUCCCUGAGAGCUGGAUCUGGGGAAGGGCCUGCAGGUCCAGGCUGCCGGGCAGGGGCGGCGAGAGGAACAUGGAGCACAAAGGAAAGAAGUGGGAGAGGAUAGACGAGGAGGACCCAGGCAGCGAGUCGGGACAGAAAAAGCCUAGAGGGGUGCACGGGCACCUGACAAAGCCCAAGCUGUUCACGCGGAUUAAAGGGCUUUGGCGCAGACCUCAUGGGAAGACAGGACCUGAGACAGAUAUUCUCCUUCAAGAAACAAAGAUAGACUUGCAGAAGUUAAUCAUGGAAGGUCGGUUCCUGGAAGCCUGCCAGAGCAUUGCUUCAUCAGGCCACAUGGAAGGGCAGGACUGUGGCCCCCAGUUCCAGGCUGUGGCUGAGAGGAUGUGGCAGGUGGUCAAGCAGGCCCUGGAGCAUCAUGGGCCACACAGAGAGCUGGAGCCACAGCUCGAGUCGGUGGUGGCUGCCGUGGCCUGGGCUCAGAGUAACCCCCAGACCCCGGAGACUAGUGACCUCCAGGCCAGUGGUGUUGCCACCUGGGGCAGCCAGCUAGAGAAACUGCUGAGGAGGGACGCUGAGGCCCGGAUCCCCACCCCAGACCCUCAUGACCAGCUGAGCCCAUACUUGGGGAAGCUGGAGAAGGCCGUGGAGCAGAGCCUGGGAUCCGGCCGGGUAGAGCAGCUGGGACCUAGCCUCUGGGUCCGCUACAGGGCUUGCUUCCAGGAUGUCCUCGUCAGCAACCUCUCAGAGCUCAUCCGCUUCUGCAGCAACGAAUGGACAAGAGCUUCCGAACUGUACAAGUGGAGCAAGAAGAUCUUGUUUGAGAAGUGGGGGGAGAAGCUUCAGAAUGUGCCUCCCACCUCCCGUGCCUCCCAGGCAGGGAGCCUCUUGGACCUGCUGGUCUUCGUUACCUGGAUGUCACAGUUGCAGGAGAAGCUGGUGGAGCUGAUCCAGAACAAGGUAGAAAAUGCUUUCGAGAAGGUCCUAAGCUGUGACACGAGACAGUGGGCCAAGUCUCCCUGCCCGACGUUCUUGGAAAUCUUUGAGCUGUUGGAGGCACCCAUGAGAGAAUGCCAGGACCUGGAGCAGCCCAUCACCAGCCGGGUUCAAGACAAGGUUAUGGAGAUAUUUUCCAAGUUUCUGCAAAGGUACCCUGAAGAGGCAGAAAGAUUUCUCAGCAUGCGCUGGGGCCCGGGGACCUUCCCUGAGCUGCACGUGUUGGAAAACUGCUGCGUCCUCAGGAAGACGUGGUGUGAGCUGACCCAGGUGCACGGGCCCCAGGACGACCUGGAGAGGGCCGCGCAGGGUGCCAUUGAUGGCGUGGAACAAGUCGGCCAGGACCACCUUCUGCAGGGAGUAAUAGCCCAGUGCCAGAGCCUCCUGCAGGACCACUUUGGAAGGAAGGACAACAAGCUAGUCAGCGCUCUGAGGUCCCUGUGUCAGGGCCUGGAGGGCCGCCCCAACAUGCACCCUUCGCCCACCUACAAGAGCCUUGUGUGGAGUCUGCACAAGGCGGUCAUCGGGGAGUAUGUCCAGGCCCUGGCGGUCCAUCUCAGGGAGCUGGCACCCGAGGAGUCGGGGGCCCUCAGGAAUCAGGUGGACACUGACAUCUUGAUGUUGAACAAGGUCUUCAGAAGACUUGAGCAGUGUCCAGAGAGCCUGGCGGAGAGCAGACCGCUUACUAUGGCCCACCAGAGUCCCGACCUGGAUGAGAUGCAGGGGCACAUCAUGGGGGUCCUACAGCCUGGCGAGUGUCUGAGCCCAGACAGGGUGGACCGCUGGCUGACCGACUUCAACCAGAAGUUCCCAGGGUACUUGAGGCAGGACCCCAAGGUCAAGGAAGGAGCCAGGUCCUGCUGGUCCUGUUUGUGCUGCUGUUGCUGAUGCUGCUGACCCUGCUCUCCAGCUGGACAAGCAAAGAAGUUAAGCCAUGACUGUGAUGAACAGGCCCCUGCGUGGAGUAAAGUUCGCUCUCAGCUACGAAGCUUAAGGUUGGUGCCGUGGAAGAAAGGCCUGGCAACCCAGUUCCAUAGAGAUGAGAGCGAAGAAAACCCUGUAGAGCAGUUCUACCCUGUAACACUUGGGGUCUCCAGGAGUUGGAAUCCACUGGACAGCAAUGGGUUUGUUUGUUUGUUUACUAUUAAGAUUGCCAAUGUUUGAUUCUGCUGAGUCAGGGCUUACUCCAUGCCACCUAUCAACAGCAACAACUAUUAUGAAAAGAGUUUUCACAGCUCAGAUUCCCUGAAAGAUCACAGGUCCCCAGGGUUCCACGGGACACACCUUGAGAACCACUCUGGCCACCCCACAUGGGCCCCUCUCCUCCCUGAGCGCCUGUAUUAGCCUGAACCACGUGAAGUUGCUUAUAUCGGAUCAUUUCCGCUCAGUAAAAACGCGGGAUCAUACAGUUCAAACAGAUUCUUGUCUCUGUGUCUUUGCAUAUCCUGUUCCACCUCUCUGCAGUGGCCUUCCCACCCUCUGACAUCCUCCUCCUACUUUAAGGCCUGGCUCCUAGACCCUCCUGUCUGCCCUGCCUGUCUUCAGAAAGAAAGCCAUCCUGCUCAAGUCUGGACUCACCUACUGGAAGGAAUCCUGAAAACUCACUGCCGCUAGCACAAACUACCCACUGCAUCGUCCACCUCAAAGACUGGGACAGUCAAGGACAGAUCAGACCUGCUCCUGGCCCGGAAUGUGGUGGGGAGGAAGGUGCCCUGCUGAGGGGCAGUGGAGCUGGGAGGGGCCAGGGAGUGGGCUGGAGCCCACAGGGUGCCUCUCCUUACCCUGGCAGCUCAAUCUUCUUGCUCCUUUUUUUUUCUUUAUCGUAAUGGCUUUGUUAUAGUUGUUGUGAGAUGCCAUGGAAUUGGUCCCGAUUCACAGUGAUCUUAUGUACAACAGAAGGAAACACUGGACCAGGCAGUGUAACACUUUCAUUGAGAUGUAAUUCACAGGCCAUACAAUUCACCCAUUUAAAACGUACACUUCGGUGGAUUUUCACAGAAUUUUGUGUCCACCACCACAAUCAGUUUUAAAACAUUUUCAUCACUCCAGAAAGAAACCCUGUACCCGUUAGCUAGGAGCCCUGGUCGCUCAGUGCUAAAGCGCUCGGCUGCUAAUGGAAAGCUCGGAGGUUGAAACUCACCAGCUGCUCCGCGGGAGAAAGAUGUGCCAGUCUGCUUCCGUGAAGAUUUCCGCUUUGGGCACCCUAUGGUCAGUCCUACUCUGUCCUAUUGUAUUGCUUUGAGGCAGAAUUGACUGGAUGGCAAGGAGUUUGGUUUGGUUUUUAAUUACUCUUAGCUGUCACCCUCCUGUCAGCCUUUCUCCCCACCCCUAGCCCUGAACCAAAAAAAACCCAAACCCAGUGCUGUCGAGUUGAUUCUGACUCAUAGCCACCCUAUAGGACAGAGUAGAACUGCCCCAUAGAGUUUCCAAGGAGCGCCUGGCAGAUUCGAGCUGCCAACCCUUUGUUUAGCAGCCCUAGCACUUAACCACCAGGCCACCAGGGUUUCCACCCCAGCCCCAGGCAACCACUAAUCUGCUUCCUAUCUAUGUCGACUUGCCUGUUCUGGACACAUCAUAUAAAAUGAACAUUAUAACAUGUGA